AUGCCACCCUGGCUGAUUCCCGACUCCAUGGGCUGCCAAGUGGAGGUGGCAGAAAGGCUCUCCGAGUCUUGCUCCAACGACAUCUGGUUCAACCACUCUCACGUGCGCGAAAUACUGACCAUCAACAAUGGCCAUCGCCACACACGCAUGGCGCAAUGGGAUGAGCAGUCAACGAAUCUCAGUGUACACCGUAACUCCACCGGCGGUUCGGCCAUGCGCUAUGACCGUCGUCGAACCCACAACGGGCUGCUUGCCAAAGAAGCCCAGAGAGCCGUCCCCCCAAGCUUGAGAAUAAUCUCUCACCCCAAUUUCUCGCUGCCGUUUCCUCCCACUACCCAGAGACUGGUCCCGUACCAGCCGUUCGAACGCAAGUUCCGUUGUUCAGCGAAAAAGAGGGGCAACGGUAGGGGUCCUCCUCUGCAAGUGCAUGUUAUCCGUCCUCAAGUCCCAGCUCCAGCGGCAGCACCGGGAAGCUUUGCUACUGUUCUACAUAGUUACAAGGCAAGGUACGAAGUACAUAAUGCAAGCGUGCAACAUGCAGCGUGCAUAUUCCCCCGCCCUCUCAUCCAAGUCCGCAGCGCGGUCAAAGCGGAGCGAGUCCUCGAGUUUCCCGGCAUGCCGUCUUCGUUCAUUGCAAGUUGGAUGAACCUCGCGAACCCCUCAGUAUCUCGUAAAUCGAGGCGUUCAUCUAAAAUCUUCAAUGGAUCAACAUGGGUACGGAUAGCUGCGGAGACGUCAUCCCAGCACCCAGGAGCUACAGAUACCUUAGGAGAACGGAAUCCAAUAUGGCCCAAUAACCCAACGGCCCAGCGGCACCCCGGCGCUAGCUGGCUCCGGUUCACAGCUCCCGGCAUGAACGGUGCCUCGGCAGCGUUUGCCGCCGCCGCCGCCGCCGAUCAGCCCGUCGAUGCAUAUUCGGAUUUGGGGCCCGAGCUGAAGCUGAUAUACACCAUUCGGACUGGAAUUCCAUCCUCCAUACUGUAA